UUUCAUUAUCUUUUCACGUUGGCUACAAUUGAAUCUCUAUCAAAUCAGCUCAGCUCUUGCCGGUACGGUGCUUAGUCCAUUGAUUACCAACCUGUGUGUGUGUCUAUCUUUUCGCGUUCGUUGAAUAGCGAUUUGUCGCUUUUAGGAGAAUUAACCGCUCAACCCCAAGUCAGUUACAAUAUUGAGCAUUAGCUAAGGUAAUUGUGAUUGAAUAGUCCUCGAUUGUACCGCCUGUUGGACUCUAUUUAAGAUAAUGCCCAAGUCGUCUCUGCAGUCAGCAGAGGGAAAGUCCUUGGGGCCUUUGAAACAGGAUCCACCUGCUUCAAACAAUGAGCCAAUAACGGCUGAACAAAAUUCUGUAACUGAAAAUAAACCACCUUCCAAGAAGAUUAGUAUACUGACUCCCGAUCUGAAUCAGGAAAAUGAAACUAAAGAAGAAAACAUUCACGAUGAUAAUAAUACCAGUAACCCGUCCAAGUCAAAAAGAAAGAAAAAACGGUCCAAAGCUAAAAAUAAGCCAAAUACUAAAAACCAGGAUAACUUGAAUCCUCCAAAUAGUAAGGCUGUCUCUCAAUCAGUGGCGCCAGCUCCUUUAAGAUCAACAAACUCACCGCUUAGCCCCAGGAAACAAGCCAUCAUGAGAUAUAAGAAAAGCGAUGACAAAAUGAACGAGCAUAAUUUUUUCUCUGAAGUUAAAGAAAACAUGAAGAAAAGGUCCCCUCCUGCUACUCAUAAUUAUGAUGAAGAUGAUAAGUACUCCACAAUUCUCGCUCAACAAAAUAUGGAAGGUAAGGCUUCUCUUUUCAAGUUUUCUUCUGCUAAAAUUUUGGUUUAUCAUUCUCAAUUAUCUGAUGAGCACCAGUCGUCGGGCAGAUUAUUGGGCCAUGGGGAAUUUGAAGUUUUCCAAUUGCACAAUGGUGAUGUAACCUAUUUAUCUUGUGGUCGCUCGUUUGUUUAUCCUUUAUUACCAAAAUUGAAGAUAUUAAGAAUUGCAUUCAAUCAAUUCAUCUUACCCUUAUUGAAUCCAGAACGCUAUUGGAAAAUAUUCAUCAAUUCGGAAGAUUAUAAUAAAAUUCAAAAACUAGAAAACACUUUGAACAAUGUUGUUCAAUAUAGAAAUUUAUAUUACGGCCCUAAUGAUCUUAAACUAAAAGAAUCCAAAGAAAUUGAAGAAUCAACGAAUUCAAAUCCUGCUCUCACGAUUAAUGAAAAACCAGCUGAAUUGCAGAUCCAAUCAACUAAAAAUAAUGUCCCCAUUGUAAGCUCGUUAGUUAAUGAUGAUUCUUCCAACAAAUAUUCUUUCAACAACAAGAAUUUGGCCGUUUUCGCAGAAAUACCUGACUCACCUCCUUCUGCUCCUAUCUCUCCUCAACCAAUCAUUGAUGAAGAAUACACAAGUUUCAAUCUUCUGGCCUCAGAUUAUCAAAAAACUCCUCUAGCUCCUCCAUUGCCUGCAUUUGAAAAUCAUCCUGAACGUUUAUUGAAUAAGCAAAAAUCAAUGAAUUCUAUAACAAGUGCUAUGGCUAGCUUUGAUGUAUAUGGCCCUUCUCAUCCAACCAAUACUGAUCCAUCUACUAUUCUGGAUAAACUCCAUAAUAAAAAGAUGAUAAAUCCAAGUAGAUCGACAGCCAUUAAACCUCAUAAUCAACAACAUCCAUUAUCUAACAGUUUCACUUUAAACAACACCAGCCCUCAACAAUUUUUCAAUGAUGGCGCCUACAAAAAUAUACUAGAACUUCAUCAACCUAAGCCCACAAAGAUUCAUAAAUCCCCCAAUUUACAUUCCCAUGAUCAAGCUAUACAAAAACUACAACAUGCACAUCGUAUGGAAGAAACAAAAUCUGACUCCUCGAUGGACUCACUCCUUGACGAAUAUGAAGAACAUCUUUCAGUAAGCAAAUCUAUGACAUUUACACACUCCAGACCUCCCUCGACUUCUAUAUCGGAACGAUAUAAUCUAAAUAGUCGAUUACAUGGGGGUAAUUAUAAUCUGAGAUUUUGGAGCUCAAAUAAUAACCAUUCUGGAUUGGCUAAUUCCCAAUUUGGUGAUCCUGAAGAAGAUUAUGAAGACUAUUUUCCUUCAACCUCAUUAUCCGGUUAUAAUCAAGCAAGAAUGGAGAAUCAUAAUAAUAAUCCAAGUAAUAGAUCCAGAAGAUCGUCUCAUAGUGAAUUAUAUACAUCUAUGAGUAACUGGAUGGAACCAGGAAAAGGGAAUGGUGCACACCCGCCAGUAGUUAAUAAGCCAUAUAGUAUCAGCAAUGGCCAAGAUAAUAAUAGGACUAGGUCUGCCAAUGGGCAGGAUCUAAAUAAUACUUAUAGAAAUAUUUAUAAAAGUAUCACGCAAAGAAACUUGAAUCAAUAUAUUGAUGAACCGAGAUCGAGGUCCAAAUCUAAAGGUUCACAUAAACCAGUUAAGAUGGCAUCUUCUAAUAAUCUAAAUGGUGGUGUGGUAGGUUACUCACGAGAAGCGAGUCAUAGAUCAAGAAGUGAUUCGGUAUCAAGGUUGAGUGAAUAUUCCAAAAUUCUGCAAUCAUAUACAACGCAAUAUCCAAAACCGCCUAAGCGGCCUAAUCCUUCAAAGAAUAGAAAUUCUGUUGGGAUUGAGUUGAAUCCUUCUGAAGUUUAUAAGAUGAUCAGCUCAAAUCGACAAGAAAUACGAAAAGAAAAACCAAAAAAUCGAAGUUUAGCUUCUAAAAUAUUUGGGUGGUAAAUAAACUAGUAAACGAAC